GGAAUGAACUCAAGCCCACUGCUGUCUGCGGCGGAUCAAGCACGCCUCUCCACCAGCACUGCACCCGGAGGAAGACCUGCUCCUCACGGACCGCAGCUACGAUCUGGGGGAGACCGGAGGCCACCAGCUCACGUACCAAUGACUUCGAUCUGUUCAAGAUUCAGGAAUAUAUUCAACUUGUUUAGGAGGCUUACAGGGGGAAGCAAGGAUGCAGCGAAGGAUCAAAGAUGCAGUGCAAUGGUCGAUAUUGGAGCUCCCGUCCACACCAAGGGCCUUAGACACCCAAUGGCAGUGGUGCCUUGGCUCUUAUCGGUGACUCUAGCAGCGCCUUCGUACCGCACAUCAGCUCACUGGACAAGUCUCUCCGGCACUGUUUCUCUGCCGACUAGCUGGUUACCACAAUGCACCGGAGAAAAUUCUAGUGACGGUGAGAAGAUAAGCUAUGGCAUGAGUUGGGCUGAUGUGGUCUUUCCCAGUGUAGAUAAGCUAUGGAGUAAGCACUGCCUGAAGAAAACUGUAAUUGGUGGCCCUAAAAUCCCUCUUUUUAAAAGCUAGAAUUUCGUGUUACCUGAGUGAAAAUUAUGGUGUUUGCUAGGAACUCUUACGUUCUAGACAACCAAUUCAAUUCAGUUAGCACUGAA